CUUUUGCAACCGGGAACUGAAAGUUUUCCAAGCGUGGUAGAAAUUGAUGCAGUUCCUAUAUGGGAGAUUGGGAGAGGGCUCUAUACGAGCGCCUGUGUAUACCAUGCAGUUACCUCUGUACGGAAUCAUACCUAGCUGGUUUUCAGGCUUGUCUGUGACAUGAUUGGAAGUAACGGCAAGGGGUUCCACAAUGGAUCUGAGGAGGAAUUCACAGGCAAGUUCAUGUGAAAGGCUUUCCUGCUGCCUUUUAUUUAGUGGAAAGCAGAAGCGGUGAUAGCAGUUAAGGGCAUCUUACGAGCGCCUUUCUUUCUUUGCCAGGAGAGGUGGCCCAAUCACUAAUAGAUCCGAGAUCUCUUUCUCCACAUUCUCUUCUCGAUGGGCGUGGUCUAGGCAUUUAGUAUCUUGGUCCAGGCGAAGGAUAAGUUCGGGUUUCGAAGGAUAGCACAUCAGUUUCCGAUCCUGGGGGCACCUUCCCUUGGUUGCGGGUUCGAUCAUUGAAUGCAGAGAGUUCCUUUACGACUAUAUGCACUGCCUUCACCAACAGAAGGGGUUGUGGAAGGGGGCCAACGACCCACUAAAUAGUAUCGGUCGACAUCUCCAAAUCCUUCUUACCCGGCAAGGGGAUUGACUCGUGCUUUAUAGGUGAGGGGAUCGCAAAAAAAAUAUGCUUUAAUAUUCAUUUAUGUUUGUUUCUUCGCUCCCCUGCCAGCUAUAUCGGUGAGUCAGCCAUUCGGGAAUAGAUCCCUCCCUCUGGACAAAGGGGCAUAGAAACGACUGAACCAAGCAUCUUUCCAUCAGCGGAAAGAUAGGAGUACUCCAGGGAUCGAGAUCUCUUUGCCGGCGGGUGGAAGCCGCUUUAUGUGUUUGGUCCACCACAUAAAGAAAGCCCCUCCCUUAUUUGUUUUAUCAGUGGGAUCGUUCUUGACUCGGGAAAGGACGCCUCUAUAUCGAGGCGAUCCUAAAGACCAGACCCCUGCUUCAUUCUCCCUCGAAAAUUUUCAAUUCCCUCGAUAUAGAUAGAGGCUAUAGCCCACCUUUUCCGAGUCAAGUGUUUCGAAUUCAGUUUCCAAUUGAGUCUGUGUGAAACAAGCCCGUCAGCUUUCAGCUAGGAGAAAUAGGUAAUAGCACGAACCAAAUGCUAUAGCAAUACCGCUCCUUCGGAGCGCCUCUGUAAGCCUUUUUUCUCUGCCUUUUGUUCUCAGGAAAGAGAAGAUGUCUUUUCCAACCUUUCUUUUUUUUUUUAAUUACUAAAGGUCAUCGCCUGCUUCUAUGUACUUGAGUCCUGAUUUCGUAAUUAAGUAGUAUAGAAAGAGAAAGAGAUUCGUCUUGCUUAUUUGCUUGAUCAUUGAAUUGAGUGCGUGGUAAAUGCUUUUGACUGAACCUCCCAUUGCUCUAUCUCCGAUAGCAUGCAGCCGAUAAUGAAGACAGAUAUAUAGAAAGUGUGCAGUGAGGGAUCUUUCUAGGUAGCCAGUCUUUACUUAACUCGGCCCAAGCAAUGCCCAAACAAUCCCAUGUCUUUCUUGGUUGGACCAAGCCAACCGGUGAUUUCCGUCUUCCUGAAUUGGGAGAGCAAGAAUUAGUCUCUCUUUUUUUGGGGGGGGAGCAGAGCAGUCAAAGAAUGAAGCAAAGCAAAUGAUUGUUCUAGAAUGGUUAUUCCUCACAAUUGCUCCUUGUGAUGCAGCGGAACCAUGGCAAUUAGGAUCUCAAGACGCAGCAAGCCCUAUGAUGCAAGGAAUAAUGGACUUACAUCACGAUAUCUUUUUCUUCCUCAUUCUGAUUUUGGUUUUCGUAUUACGGAUCUUGGUUCGCGCUUUAUGGCAUUUCCACUAUCAAAAAAAUCCAAUCCCGCAAAGGAUUGUUCAUGGAACUACUAUCGAGAUUCUUCGGACCAUAUUUCCUAGUAUCAUCCCUAUGUUCAUUGCUAUACCAUCAUUUGCUCUGUUAUACUCAAUGGACGAGGUAGUAGUAGAUCCAGCCAUUACUAUCAAAGCUAUUGGACAUCAAUGGUAUCGGACUUAUGAGUAUUCAGACUAUAACAGUUCCGAUGAAGAGUCACUCACUUUUGACAGUUAUACGAUUCCAGAAGAUGAUCUAGAAUUGGGUCAAUCACGUUUAUUAGAAGUGGACAAUAGAGUGGUUGUACCAGCCAAAACUCAUCUACGUAUUAUUGUAACAUCUGCUGAUGUACCUCAUAGUUGGGCUGUACCUUCCUCAGGUGUCAAAUGUGAUGCUGUACCUGGUCGUUUAAAUCAGAUCUCUAUUUCGGUACAACGAGAAGGAGUUUACUAUGGUCAGUGCAGUGAGAUUUGUGGAACUAAUCAUGCCUUUACGCGUGCGCCCGGAAACAUAGGCCGACUGCUGAGCCCACUCUGGCUCAGCCGCACCACCGGGUGCGAGCCACCCGAGAAGCAAGCUAUUACAGCGAGCGGCUGGAGCUGUAGGGAGCCAAGGAGCAAGGCAGUAGAUAAGAUAGAAGAAGGGGCCAGGCUCCCGGUAGAGCAGAGGAGACGGUUAGGAUAACGAACUUGAAACGCGGAGCCCAAGCGGCCGGCGAGCGAGUGGUUAGUGGCCAAUAGCGCCCUAGUUGAUGGCAUUCCUCUCUGCGGCUGGCACUCGAGGAACCACGGGGCACUCCAUACAGAGCAAGCAAGUCUUAGGGAUGAGACGCCCGCGCAAGGACCUCAAUUCUCAUUAGGAGGUCGAACCAAGGACCUAUGGAAGUCGGGGCUACCCCGUCCCCAUGGGCAACGCAACAGUGUCCUGAGGGAGGAGUUUAGAGGCCUUAUAGUAGCACGGACUUUUUUUUCUUUCUAGGUCAUGCGAAGGGGGCCAGUCCAAGAUCGUACUGUUCCUCUACAAAGACAACAGACGCUCUCAACGGCUAGGCGCCACUAUCUUUCUGAGUUAUUCCAGCUUCUUCAUGAUUUCGUGCCGCGGUGAACAAACAAAACAAAAAAAAAAGAGGACCGUCUCAACGGAAGGAGAAGGACCUGCAACGGCAGAGACUACUGACCCUCUUCUUGUUCCUAGCCGUCUGUUACGAGUCUGGGAAGCCUGGAAUCCUAAAUAGGAGGGAUCCCUCAAAAUAGAGAAGGGCGGGCAGGGCUUCCGCAAGGGCCUCCCCCCUUUUCCCGGUCAAGAUAGAUGGGAAGGAGCCCUAUCAAGUAAAGGCCAUAACCAACCUCUUUAUUUAUGUACGUACACCUUUGUUUCAGGGCGGGGCCGCCCUUCCUCCUGCUAAUCCGGCCAUUUCCGAACCUGUCUUUCCCAUCCCAUGCAAUUCAAUGGAGGACUUCUCAAUUCUUGCGAUUCCCAGCUCCCUUAGCUUAUUUUUAUUAUAUUAUAAAAAUAAAAAUAAUUAUAGGGUUCCAAACGGCAAAAUAGGCUCAAUGAUCUCUUUCUUCGAUAGACCGGUCCGGCGCUCCGCGUGGUUAUAUUCGUACAUGUUCCGACUCGCCGGUCAUUAUGGAUCUAGUGGCAUGGCGAGGCAAAGGGGGGGCAACUACGAAGCUUCGUAGACUCGACAAAUCGCUCCGCUUAUAGAAUAGAAUGCAAGCAAGCUGACUCUCUAGCUUGCCUAGUAGCCUUCGUUUUCGACAAGGCGACCAGCGGGAGGAAAGACUAGACAGACCAUACUAAAGUAAAGAGGCAUUCAGGAAGCGACUAGUAGAAGCUGGCGAAGCUUCUAGAAGGCCGACCACUACAUAGAGAGAUCCAUAUACCAGUCAUGAGCUAUCGCUCAUGCCUAGAGAGGCGCAGGGCAGGAUCGAAGAGCUUAGUGUGAAACGCUCAGGAAAA